AUGGAUCAAGCGUUGAGCCAACGGCGUCGAAGUGGUGGUUAUCAGCCACCACCCGAGAUGCCCAUGGAUUUGGGGAUCUCCGACCAUGCGAAAAUCAUUUGUUGCGGUGUUACUGUUCUGGUGGCGUGUGUGGCAUUUUUGGUGACCUCCUUGGGUGCGGUGCCGCCAUUGCAUCUGGGCAUCAAGUACAGUACCUUCACGAAGGCAGCUGAUAUGAAUCAGAUCUAUGGGCCCGGCUUGUACAUGACUGGGCCAUUUAACAACUUCAUCUUGUUUCCCUCCGAUGUGCGUAACAUCGAAUUCAGCAACAUCGACCGCAUUGAAACGGCAGGGCUCAGGUAUGCACCACUCCAUACCAGAACAAAGGAGGGCUUGGGACUGCAUUUGCAGGUUUCAUUGCAGUACCGCUUGAUCCCACAGAACAUCUCGUCCCUCUAUAGCGAGUUCAAUCAGAACUACGAGCAGGUCUUUGUCAGUUCCGUGCGCGAUGUGCUCAUCAAAGCCGCUUCGGAAUAUGAGGCAACGCAGCUUUGGGAGGAGCGAGAUAUCUUUUCACAGAAGAUGCAGCAGAUGGUGGACCAUGAGCUCAGGAAGACCUAUGCAGAGUGUUGGGGGUUGCAGCUGAUGGUCAUCGACCUGCCGGACGGCUUCGAGCAGAGCAUCGUUCAGACUCAGGUGCAGAAGCAGAUGAUGUUCAUUAGGGAGCAACAGCAAGUCUCGACAAAGAUUCGAGCUGAAACCUCUGUGAUCAAGGCCGAAUAUGAUCGCAAGGUCAAGGUGUUAAUGGCCGAUGGUCACGCCAACUACACGGUGGUGACCAAGGAAGCUCAGGCGAAUGCUGAACGAAGAAAGAUUCAAAUGGAAUCUGAGGCUCUUGCGAUCGUGAAGAAGAGUUUGCACUUGAGCCCAGAAGGUUUGGUGCGCUAUCAGCAAUAUGGAGCCCUGGAUGAUUUGAACCAGGCUUCCUUGAUGUAUGGAUUUGGGCCUGACCAAGCCUUGCUGAAACCCAGCUAG